GCGGCGAAUCUCCUGCGGCGAGCACAUGCAGUGGUUCAUGUGGAAUCCCUACAGUCUACUCAACAUUCGGGGAAGUCGGCUCUUGAAUUGGCUAUCCAUGGAUUCGAUGUAAGUACCGCGGCAGGCAUCAAAGCGAUGGAAGAAGCGAUCUCUGCGGCGGAGCGCGACAUCGAAGAAUCCAGAGAUGCCGCUGGUCGCAUACAACGACUAUAUCGAGGACGAACAGGGCGCCAAGUCGCCGCAAUUCGCCUUGCAGAGAAAAAAGCGCGCGACCAACUCAAGUACGAGAGCGCGCGACAGAUUCAACGAAUAGUACGCGGGAGUCGUGGUCGGCGCAGAGUAGUGCGCAUCAAGGGCGACCUGGCCAAGGAAGCCCUUCGGGAAGUCUACCGACGGGAACGCAUCGCACUCGAGGACAAGAAGAAGUGGGCCGAGCAGUUGGACAUGGAGCAGUUCAAGGCGGACACGGUGACUCGAAAAGAGCGCGAGCGAAAGCUGCUGAUUGCACAGCAAGAAGAAGAAAUCGCUAGGUUGGACGCCCAAACCAGUGCAUACAAAGUGCAAGCGUUGGAGGCGCAAAAGACGCUCAAAGCAGCCCAAGCGGCCGCGUGGAAACCAAUGAACGACGGCUUUGGCAAUGUAUUCUAUAGCAACGAACUGACGGGGGACACUACGUGGGAUAUACCCGAAGCGCUCCAGCCAAAACUCGAAUACGUGGAUCGAGAAGAAGACUGGGAAGAGCUGUAUAAUCCCCACACUGGCCAACUUUACAAGCACAAUCGGGUCACUGGCGCGGUCCAGAUGAACCAAGUCGACGCCUCCACAGACGAUAUCCCCAUUCCCACAGCAGCCGCCGUAAUCGACAAGGCCAUCGUAGCUGAAACCACAGACAAGCCCGUGGUUGAGCAGCAGCAUCAUCCUAUUGCUUCACAAACAUAUAUCCAGCCAAGUAAGGAGAAGACCGAGCAAAACGCGAGUAGCGUUGGUGUACUUUGUUGGCGAUGCAAGAAGACUCGAGCUGUCAAAGAGUGUGUGAAUUGCAACCCAGAUCAGAGCUUGUAUUGCGCAUCGUGCUUUACAAAGGAACACAAGGCCGUGGCAAAGCAAACGCACGACUUUAAACGAUUGAACCACGACGGCACUCAUGCGUGUGGUAUGUGCUACAAGUGCGACGGUCAGGCCAGCUAUCACUGCGCGACGUGCGACCCAGGGUUCCAAUUCAUGUGCGACUUGUGCUAUGCAUCGACCCACGCUACCGCCGAAUACGCCGCCCAUCGCAACCUUGUUCAUUUUCGACCUGGGUCGGCGCUGUGCAGCCACUGCACCAAAUUGGUCGCGCUGCGAGGAUGCGUGGAAUGCCAAGACAAGUUUUGCAUCGAUUGUUUUGAGAUGACUCAUGCCAAGGGGAAGAAGAACGCCCAUGUACCCAUCGUGUUAAACGUGGUCAAGGCGCCGCUGGACGAUGUCACAGACGCGUAUUGCGCGGAAUGCGACGUGGCACUGUGUACAAAGCUGUGCAAUUUGUGCGGCGACGGGUUAUGCGACGCGUGUUUUGCCCACUUGCAUGCCAAGGGUCGCAAGGCCGAGCAUACAUUUGUGUCGUGGAAACUCAUGACGCAAGCUGGGGACUGGAUUGAGAUUUUGGAGGGCAAAGUUCCCAUGUAUUAUAACAUUGUGACCAAGGAGAGCUCGGCGGAUAAGCCGAGUGUACUGCUCCUGGGCGUCGACAGGCAUCGCGAUAUGAUUGCCGACAAGGUGCGCGAGCGAAAAAAGGCCGAAAGUGAGCGGGAAAGCGAGCUCGUCGCGCUGCGGGAACAGCUCAAGGCCAUGCAAGAAGCGGCAGAACUGGCGCGACGGCAACAGAAGGAGCUGGAUCUGCUCCAUGAAAACCCUGACGUUGUACUGGUGAAACCACUCAAGAAGCGGUGGUGGAAGUCCAAAGCCCAAUUGGCCAAGGACAAAGCAGAGCGAGAGCACCACGUCGUGCUUUCCCUCUUGCUGACGAAACAACGCCAGGACCAACUGCACCGAGAAGCGAUGGAGGUCGGAUCUGUCGCAUACGCCAAUGCCAUCGUCGCAGACAUGGUACAACAAAGCUAACAAGUCUGCGACAACGUGAGCCAUUCAAACCAACCAAUUCAGGACCAUUUACACUCUCC